AGAGAGAGAGAGAGAGAGUAAUGGAGGUAGAGAUAGUGGAGUCGAGCUUUGUCGUUCCCAGCGAAGACACCCGGAAGCACAGUAUCUGGCUCUCUAAUCUGGAUUUGUUACUCGCCCCGAGAAGUCACACGCCAACCAUCACCCUAUUUCCACACAACGGUGACCCCGACUUCUUCUCUGUGGAGAUCCUGAAAGCGGCCUUGGCCAAGGCCCUGCUCCAUUUCUACCCCUUGGCGGGCCGGGUCGCCGUCGGUGAAGACGGCCGGCUUGAGAUCCAGUGCACCGGCGAGGGUGUCCUCUUCGUAGUGGCUCGCUCGACCUGCACCUUGGAUGUCCUCAGCGACUUCACGCCGUCGAAAGAAAUGAGGCAGCUUUUCGUGCCCUCGUCCGAUGGCAAUGAUCACAUGUGCAUCAUGUUUCAGGUGACGUUCUUCGAGUGCGGUGGAGUGUGCUUGGGCAUCGCCACGCACCACGGCGUCAUGGAUGGCGUCAGCGCGCUCCAUUUCAUCAACACAUGGUCCGACAUAGCCCGAGGAGCUGAGGGCACCGUGGUGGUAUCCCAUGACCGCACCCUCCUCCGCGCUAGGUCCCCUCCGACCGUCCCCUUGGAGCACUUUGAGUACCAGUGCUGCAACCCAAGGCGUCAGCUCUCCACCACCAUGGCUGCCAAGCUCAAGUUAUCCAAAGACCAGCUCACUUCCCUCAAGACCAGCAUAGAAUUAGGCAGCGGGCGACGCAUUUCCACCUUCGAAGCAGUCACGGCGUACGUGUGGCGGUGCGCAUGUAAGGCGCGCCAACUGCAAGCAGAUCAGGAGACCCGGCUAUACUUGCCCGUUGACGUGCGUCUACGCCUGAAGCCGUCGCUUCCCCCUGGCUAUUUCGGCAAUGCCAUCGUCCGGACGUCUGUGGCCGUUGCAACCGGGGAGAUCGUAUCCAGUCCCCUGCAGCGGACCGUCGAACAAAUGCACGACGCAGUUGUCCGCGUGGACGACGAGUACAUCCGGUCUAUCAUCGACUUGCUGGAGUUGAUGAAGGAUAUCAGGGACGUGGAUUUGGGUUCAUGGCAGGAAUCACAGACCGACCUCUGGGUCGUCAGCUGGCUGCGGCUGCCGAUGUACGAGGCGGACUUUGGGUGGGGGAAACCGGCGUUCUUGGCGCGCGCGUUUGUGAACCUCAAGGGAAUGCUGUACAUAUUGCGCAGUCCAGAAGGCGAUGGGGGGAUCACGUUGAUAAUGACGAUGGAACCCGAGAACAUGCCGCGGUUCAAGAAGGUGUUCAUCCAGGAAUUGGACUGUUUGAAGCAAGCUGGUGCAUAAACCAGACUUGCAUUAUCGUGUGGAGAGCGUCGGCAGUCUUCACAUAUCCCGUUAAGAACUCGACUUUCUUUCUUUGUUUGUUUCUUCUGUAUUCUCGUACU